UUUUCAAAUCGGAGAAGGGGAUAAAUCGACGAUUUCUUCUCUCUCACACGAUAUACUUUUAACCUUAGUCGUCGCCGUCGUCGUCUCCGGCAGAGCAAAAAACACCGAUCCGUUUAAGAGAUGAAGAAGUCAGUGGAUCUAGUUCCGGCGAGGGUUGUAUUUCUCGCAGCAGUUCACGUCAUCGCCUUGGUUUACUGGAUUUAUAGAUUGGCAUCAGAUCGUCCACCUCAGAGAAAAAAAUUCUCAGUAGAAGGAAACUUCGAUUCUUCAUCGAUCGGUAUGUUUCGUUUUUUUUUCCCCAAUCUGUUUUGAUGAGUAUGUAUGGAAUUUGAAACUGAUGUGUAAGGAUCUUGAUUAGUUGAUUAUGGAUACACUUUUUUAGUGUUUUGAUAGAUUUUUUGUUUGUUCCAAUCAUUGUUUCAUUAGGCAUCAUAAACAUUUAAUAUAGAGCUGUGUACUUCAAAGUUACAAAAACCAAAUUUUUUAUUCUAUGCUAAGGAUCGGGGGAUGUGUUCUUUGUU